UCAGGUGUCUGAUUUGUACAAACAAAUGAAAGAACAAACCUACACACCUACUAGAUCUGUAAGCAGUGCAGCAAAUUUGACGUCAUUGUGCGUUGACAUUUCUCCUAGUUCAAGUAACUUUUUUGAGGUACUUUACAUAGGUAAAAUAAAAGUAUGGCAGAAGAGAGUACCAGAAAGCUUCGUAGAUGACGCUUUAGAAAAAUUCAAAGCAUAUGAAUUAGAAAAAUUUACCAGCAAAAAACUAGGAAGUAUAGGAAGAUUAAAAAGUGAAAGCGAUAUUAGAAGGGGGUCUACGGACUCUUCAACUAGUGAUGAUUGUCCAUCGGCUCCAGUCCAUCCAUUGCUCAGGUCCCACUCUGUUAAUUCAAAUUUACUCAGGCAACAGAGUCAAAUCUUAGAGACUCUUACCUCAAUCUCAGAAAGACAAAAAGACUUAAAUCUAAAUGAAAAUCUGGAAAACGCAGACAGCACAGAUGAUAUUAACUCAAAUCAUGAAUUGGACGAUGCAGAUAAGACUGGACAAUCCGGAGAUGGAAGCUCAGAUAACGAUAGUAACAAUAAUUGUAAUAACAAUGAAAAAUCCGUGAAUUUGGAUGACCAUAACAGGACAAUGGUUUUGCAAGUCGACAGAACUGAUUUAAGGCUUAUUAGUCCUGACAGAAAGAUUAUAUUGUUGAAUAAACAGCACAAAGAUAUUACCACGUGUGUACAGGGGCUGAAAAGAGCAGAACAUUUUGGAUUUAUUUGUAAAGAGGGAACGAAUACAUAUACUUUUGUAGGAUAUAUUUUUAAGUGUGAGUCACAUUCAAUAGCUACGGAUGCCAUGGCGGCUAUUACUCAAGCAUUUUUGAAUGCUGAAUCAAGACCAAAACAAGUGAUAACGUCCUGCGAACACUGCCCAAUGGUUUGGUACCACAAACUGUGCGUAGAAGUUGAAAAUAUGUCUGAUAGAAAAACCCAAGCUGCCAUAUUUAGAAGAAUAGAACAACUAGACGAAGACGAACAAUCAAUAAUCCUCACAAAAUUCCGCGGUGCUGAAACUGACUCUGUUCGCGAACAAAAUGAAUUCCUGAUGAUGUUGCUACGAGCCCAUUGCGAGUCGAAACAAGGAAGACACGUUCACGAUACGGCAGAAAACCGAUCAGAGUUUUUGAAUCAGUAUCUUGGAAGCAGCAAUGUAUUCAUAAAGGCUAAAAGGAGCCUUAGCAAUUCUUUUGAUCAAUUACUCAAAAGAAAAGCUUCCAAAGAUGAUAUCGGUGCAAGUCUAAAAGGAUUAAACUUGACUAUUAUUAAUAACGCCAAUAAUAGGGAUACGUCACCCAACGAUACAUCUGAUAGAGAUUCUGAAGGUUCUAGAUCUCGAUCUUCCACAAUUGGAUCAAAAAGUGAUCUUACCGAUUCGCAUCUCAAUGUUAAAGAAUACUCGAACAAAUACUCGGUGUCGCCAGAAAAGAGCACACCUUCUGAAAAAGGACCAAAAUCUCCCAUGAUGGACAUAUUUUUGAAAGUUGGCAACAGCCCUAAAACCACCGUUUCUUACGAUGAAGCUUCCAGUAAAGCCGACUCUGGAUCAUGGAGACACGCCAUUUUUAAAAGAGUAGCUACACCUAAACCAGAAAAGGAACAGAUGCCCGACAGAAAAAGGACAAAGGAAGAACUGAAAAUUUUAUGGAAGAAAUCAAUUUAUCAAGCUAUUUUGUUAGUCAGGAUGGAAAAGGAAAACGCCAAAAUUCGAGCCAAGCAAGAAGAAUCGGCGGUAAAAAGAAUAAAACUAGAAUACGACGACAUGCGCAUGAAUCAAAGAGAGUUGGAGGUAUGGGAAAUGGUGAUCAACAAAAAGGAUGGCCACAGUGUUAAACCGGAUCCAGUCAUGUUACUUCAAGCUAUUAGGCAAGGAGUACCGAGAGGAAAAAGAGGUGACGUUUGGCUGUUUUUGUCUGAGAGAUAUUGCACGAAACUUGCACCGAUGGAUACCGUCAAGUAUCCAAAUUAUCAUAUUCCUUAUGAGACUCUGUUGAAGCAGCUUACUUCGCACCAGCAUGCUAUUUUAAUAGACUUAGGAAGGACAUUUCCUAACCAUUCGUACUUUAGUAGUCCCCUAGGACCCGGACAACUGGCUUUAUUUAAUCUGCUAAAAGCAUACUCCCUUCUAGAUCCUGAUGUAGGAUAUUGCCAAGGACUCAGUUUCGUCGCAGGUGUCCUUCUGCUACAUCUUGAAGAAUCGCAAGCCUUCCUUCUCUUGAGGCAUCUCAUGUUUCGCAGAGGAAUGCGCACACAAUACCUUCCCGAUAUGGUCAGCCUUCAGAUAAAACUUUAUCAACUUUCAAGACUGUUACACGAUCAGUUACCUGAUAUCUAUGAACAUUUUGAUUUUUAUGAAGUUGCACCUACUUUGUAUGCCGCACCGUGGUUAUUGACAGUUUUUGCAUCACAGUUCCCGUUGGGAUUUGUUACCAGAGUUUUUGAUUUAAUAUUUAUGGAAGGACCCGAAGUAAUCUUCAAGGUAGCCUUAGCUCUGUUAACCUAUCACAGAGAAAAACUGCUAUUGUGUGAUAGUUUUGAAGAAAUCAUGAAUUAUUUGAAAAUUCAACUGCCUAAUAUUGACAAGACAAGUUUAGAAAAAAUUAUGAAACAAGUCUACACCACCGACUUCUCCAAACAGUUAAAUGAAUACAAAGUCGAAUAUCAAGUUUUACAAGAGGAAAUGAAUUCAGCACAACCGCAAAUCGAAGCGUUGCAUAAACUUGAAGCCCAAAACAAAAUCCUAACGGAACAAAAUAAGGCCCUUAUGGGGCAGUUAGAGCUCACUUUAAGCAAUGUUCAAAGGUUAGAAAAAAUGAGGGUAUUACAACAAUCGCAACUCAAUAAAGUUGAGACGCAAAACAGGGCAUUAGAUGUGACUAUAUCCACGUUAGGAAGUUUCAUUAAUUCACUUAUAGAGGAUAAAGUUGAUGUUGAAAUUCCCGAUGACGUACAAAGGAUUUUAUCGCACUUAAACUUCAGCGAAAGGGUAAAAAGUGAGGUUAAACCUCAACAGAAUAACCUGCUGAAGAUGUUCCAGAAAUCACCUGAUAAAAUGAUGCAGAAAUCUCUGAGCAUGGGUAAAAUCAAUCUGCCGCCCAAUUCAGAGCAUAACAGAAGUAGAACAAACAGUCUCAGUCAAAAUAAAGAUAUUUUACCCAACUUAGAAACUACUCCUAGUAACUCAGCGGAAAAAAUUUCAAAAUUUUUCUCGAAUUCCCACCACAACAUACUUCAACAGAAACAUAAUUCCCAAAACAAUUUAUUAAAUAACGCAAAAAUCGAUAUCACGGUCCAGGAAUUCGAACACGAAGAAAUAUCGAACGCGUUAACAAAAAAAAUCGAUUUUGACGCGAACAAAAUUUCUCCAACAAAUUCCGAAGACAGUGGCGUGGGAACCCCUAACAGUCCGAAAGAGACACACCCUUUGAGCAACUGCGACGUAACUUUUACGUUCAACGGGACAAAGGAGCUGAAAAGUAUUAAAAAUUUUAAAAAUUUACGGCAGUGUAGUCCGGAUAUAUUGAGUAAAUGA